AUGCUGCGGAUACGACAGCUCCGGCACCCCGCCCGCCCCUCAUGUGCCCUCUGGAAGGAGAACGCCUGCUGCACCGCCAACACCAGUGUUGAGGCUCACCAGGACCAGUCCUACCUGUACAAUUUCAACUGGGACCAUUGCGGGGCCAUGCCGGAGAAGUGCAAGCGUCACUUCAUCCAGGACACGUGUCUCUACGAGUGCUCCCCCAACCUGGGGCCCUGGAUCGACCAGGUGGACAACAGCUGGCGUAAGGAGCGGAUCCUGCACGUGCCGCUGUGCCGGGAGGACUGCGAGCAGUGGUGGGAGGACUGCCAGGACGCCGUCACCUGCAAGGUCAACUGGCACAAGGGCUGGAACUGGACCUCAGGUCGGUGGGGGGGCGCGGGACCCCCUCCUCCACGGCCGGACCCCCCCCGGCCACCCCCCAUCUCGCCGCGGAGCCAGGCGGCUGCGUUUGCAGCUACUGCAGCCAUUUGA